AAAAAAAACAUGAGGUCAAAUAUGGUGACUUGAUGACCACUAGUGGGGCCGCCCUAGCACCUCUGCCUGCACACGUACGGGAAUCGUUGCAACACUCCUUUGCCGACAUCUCACAGUUCCUCGAUUUUGACGAUCUGUUGCCACUUAUCGGUGAAUUUGGCGCCUAUCAGAAGCUUCUAUUCCUGCUAAUGAUACCAUUCUGUUUUAUUGCUGCAUUCAUUUAUUUGGGUCAGAUAUUUAUGACGUUGCCGCCCAAGAAUCAUUACUGCCACGUAUUUGAGCUGCAUACGAUAAAGACGGAGGAGGAACGGAAGGCUCUCUCCAUACCCAAAGAAGCCGACGGAAGCUAUAGCCAAUGCAAGGUGUACGAUGCUAACUGGACGCAUAUACGUUCGGAUGUAAAUCGUCCCAACAAGGCCAACACUUCCUGGCCAGUAAUACCCUGUCCGGGUAAAUAUGUUUAUAACAUAGAAGAGGAGCCAUUCUUCACAGCCACCAUGCAGUUUCAUUGGGUCUGUGAGAAUCGAAUCUAUGCUACAUAUUCGCAAAUGGCCUUCUUUCUGGGCUGUGUUGUGGGCAGCUUAUGGUUUGGCUGGUUUGGAGAUCGUUGCGGGCGUCUGGCGGCUGUGGUUAGCAGCUGCGCCAUUGCCAUUGUCGGUAGCUUUAUCACCUCAUUGUCCAAUGAAUUUAGCUCAUUUGCAACGGCACGUUUCAUAGUUGGCCUAUCGUUUGAUACUUGCUUCACCAUGAUUUACAUAUUGGUGCUUGAGUAUGUUGGACCCAAAUAUCGAACGUUUGUGGCCAACAUGUCCUUGGCCUUGUUUUAUUCACCCUUCACCUGUGCAAUGCCUUGGCUUGCCCUGCUCUGUGGACAUUGGAAAAGGUUUUCGUUACUUAUGUCGUUUCCCAUUAUAUUGGCACUGUUCUCGUACUGCAUUUUACCAGAAUCUGCACGCUGGUUGGUGUCUGUGGGCCAGGCAGAAGAGGCCAUCAAGAUCUUGAGACGUGUGGCCCAAGUGAAUAAAAAGACUGUACAGCCUUCGGUUUUUGACCAUUUUCGCAAUAGCUGCAGGGUUUUCUACAAAGAGGAGAUUGAUGGCCGAAACUUUACGGUGUUCUCGACUUUCAGGCGGCAUCGGCUUUGUCGGCACAUGCUGCUGAUGAGUCUCAUUUGGAUGGCGAUGUCACUGCUCUAUGAUGGACAUGUGCGGGCGGGUAGUGUAUUGGACAAUAAUGUCCUUAUUAUCUUCACAAUAGCCUGCGCCACAGAGAUACCCGGAAAUUUGCUGCUCAUUCUUACUCUGGAUCGCGUGGGGCGUCGCUGGUCCUCCUUUAUAUCAACCAUAUGCUCGGGCAUAUUUAGUCUGAUAGCUGCCAAGCUAAGUAGCGCCUCGAGUAUGAUUGUGGCUGCUAUAGUUGGGCGCUUUUUUGCCAACAUCAGCUACAACAUUGGCCUACAGUGGGCCGCUGAGGUGCUGCCUACGGUGGUGAGAGCUCAAGGUGUCGCCUUUAUACACACUCUUGGUUUUAUGGCUAUGAUGACGUCACCGCCCAUCAUUUAUUUAUCGCAAGUCUCAAUGUCGUUGAUGCUUAGCAUACUGGGCUGCGUGGGCAUUGUGGCCGGAAUCCUCACUCUGCUGCUUCCCGAGACGCUGUAUCAGGACUUGCCACAAACUCUUAGCGAUGGCGCUGAUUUUGGCAAGGAGCAGAGAAUCUGGCACGUGCCCUGCUGUGGGCCGGGCUCGCACCGCCACCGCCGACCGAGACGCAUCUGGCACACCGGCUCAUCGCUGCGUACGUUGUCGCGGGAUGAGUACCGAUCGAAGAAGCUGCAUCGUAAUGCCAUACGGAUACGGGCUUCGAGAGCAUCUGCGUCUAAUCGCACCUCCAUUCCUGUACGUACGGACGAAUCGAUCGAAGAUGAAAUCGAGGAGGUUCACCAAUCAUAUAAAUACGAUAACCAUUCUAAAAUAUGA